CAACACGUCCGGGAUAGGGACCGCCGUGCCCCGCCCCGCGCGCAAAGUCCUGUGGCGGCGGCCGCGUUGAGGGACCCGGCUCAGGUUGGUCUUGAACUCUACCCAUCUUAGCCUCUCAGAGUGCUAGGAUUAUAGGAGUGAGUCACUGUGCCAACUGGGCAUAUUCUUCUAAGGCCUGCCUCUUCCCACAGGCUCCUAUGGUUGCAGAAGCACUUAUGGAACCAACACAGGACACCAUAACCUUUGAAGAUGUGGCUGUGUACUUCUCCUGGAAGGAGUGGAGUCUCUUUGAUGAGGCUCAGAGACACCUAUACCAUGAUGUGAUGCUGGAGAAUCUGGCUUUUACAACCUCACUGGGGCUGUGUGAUCUUUCAGGAUGUGUUUGUGUACUUCUCAUGGGAAGAAUGGGAACUCCUUGACAAUGCUCAGAGACUACUAUACCAUGAUGUGAUGCUGGAGAACUUUGCACUUUUAGCUUCACUUGGAAUUGCAUCUUCCAGAUCAUAUGUAGUCAUGCAACUAGAACCAGGGGAAGAGCCUGACCAGGUGGUUGUGACUCCAGCUACAGAAAGAGAGCCCCAGAGGGGAGUUGGACCUGGUUGUUGGCAUGGAGUUGAGGAUGAGGAAGCACCUUCUGAGCAGAAUGCUUCUGUGGCAGGAGAGCUGCAGACCAGGAUACCCAUGGCAGAGCUAAAGACCCACAAAUGUGACAUGUGUAAUUCUACAUUGAAAGAUAUUUUACACCUGGCUGAAUACCAGAGGGAAAAAGUCAGGCAGAAGCCACACAACUGGGGGGCAUGUGGGAAACAGUUCUGGUUCAGUACAAAGUUUGACCAAUACCAGAAGAAGCCCAGUGGAGAGAAACCCUUCAGAAGGGACAAGAAUAAGGACUCUGUGAACAGCUACAGAGUCCAUGGGCCAGAGAAGACCCACACAUGUGGGGAAGGUGACAUGGACUUUUCAGCCACUUCUGCCCUUCUUCAGUACCCGGCCCCUCCCAGCAGGAUGAAGCUUGAUAAGAGCACCAAACUUGAGGGGACCUUUCUCACUGGACAGAGGUAUCACAAAUGUGGUGAAUGUGGGAAAGCCUUUACCCGGAAAGACACCCUUGCACGGCAUCAGAGAAUCCACACUGGAGAAAGGCCUUAUGAAUGCAGUGAAUGUGGGAAAUUCUUUAGCCAAAGCUAUGACCUUUUUAAACACCAGACAGUUCACACUGGAGAAAGACCUUAUGAAUGUAGUGAAUGUGGGAAAUUCUUUAGACAAAUCUCUGGCCUGAUUGAGCACAGGCGAGUUCACACAGGUGAAAGGCUUUAUCAGUGCAGCAAAUGUGGGAAAUUCUUUAGCAGUAAGUCUAAUCUCAUUCGACACCAGGAAGUUCACACAGGAGCCAGGCCUUACAUAUGCAGCGAAUGUGGGAAGGAGUUUAGUCGCAAACAUACACUUGUUCUGCAUCAGCGAACUCACACUGGAGAAAAGCCUUAUGAGUGCAGUGAAUGUGGGAAGGCCUUUAGCCAAAGUUCCCACCUUAAUGUACACUGGAGAAUUCAUAGUAGUGACUAUGAGUGUAGCAGAUGUGGGAAAGCCUUUAGUUGCAUCUCCAAACUCAUUCAGCACCAGAAAGUUCACUCUGGAGAAAAGCCCUAUGAGUGUAGCAAGUGUGGGAAAGCCUUCACUCAAAGACCGAACCUUAUCAGGCACUGGAAAGUCCACACUGGAGAAAGGCCUUAUAUAUGCAGUGAGUGUGGGAGAGAGUUCAUCCGGAAACAAACACUGGUUCUGCACCAGAGGACUCAUGUUGGAGAAAAGCCUUAAGAGUGUGGUGAAUAUGAGAAACCCUUUGGCCAACACCAGACUUAGGGUUCCUUGGAGAACUUAACAGUUACUGUGAUGACAGUAGAUGCAGGAAAACCUUUGCCCAGAAGCUGAACCUCAUCUAUCAUUGGGAGUUUCUCACUGGACAAACUCCUUACCAGGACAGGGAAUGUACUGCCUCUUUUUUUUUUUUUUUUUGAGACAGAGUCUCAUUAUGUCACCCUCGGUAGAGUGCUAUGGUAUCACAGCUCACAGCAACUUCAAACUCUUGGGCUUAAGCGAUUCUCUUGCCCCAGCCUCCCAAGUAGCUAGGAGUACAAGUACCCGCCACAAUGCAUGGCUAUUUUUUUGUUGCAAUUGUCAAUGUUGUUUAGCUUCCCGGGGCCAGGUUUGAACCUGCCAGCCUGGGUGUACAUGGCCAGCACCCUACCCAUUGAGCUACAGGCAUGACCUAUACUGCCUCUUUGUUCAUCUUAACAGCUGUCUCCAGAGCAAAUCUCUGAGAAUAGCUGUUGUAAGAGAACUUCAGUCAGAAGUAGAACCUUGGGCGGCACCUGUGGCUCACUGAGUAGGGCACCGGCUCCAUAUACCCAGGUGGCGGAUUCAAACUCAGCCCUGGCCGAACUGCAACAAAAAAAUAGCUGGGCGUUGUGGCAGGUGCCUGUAGUCCCAGCUACUUGGGAGGCUGAGGCAAGAGAAUCGCCUAAGCCCAGGGAUUGGGGGUUGCUGUGAGCUGUGAGGCCAAGGCACUCUACCAAGAGUGAUAAAUCAAGAGUCUCUACAAAAAAAAAAGUGGAACCUCAUGUAUAGGGACAUUCACACUGGGGAGACUUCCUGUGAGUGGCAAGUAUGUGAUGUGCUUCAGGAGCUAGGUUGCACUUGCUAAACAGCCGAGGGCCUUUUUCAGAGCAAGAGCUAUCUACCACCAUCAGCUGGCAGAGUCAUGCAGUAUGUGUCACCCUAGCAUGCUUACUAAGGCAGACUUUCUCUGCCCAACCCCUAGAAGGAGUAAGGAAUGGUCUUAUGGCAUCAAAGGUCCUGAUUUCUUCCCUUUUGAGGUAACCAGCCUGGAAAUAAUAGAUUUUGUUCCAUAGAACACAAGAUGGGCUCUGCAGAUAGCUGGUAGAAGCCUACCUUCAUGAAUAUUUUUGGUCUGUAAUGCUCAUUGUGGAUGUAUCCAUCUCUAAGCCACCCAGCCCUAGAACUAUCUGUCUCACACUGCUCAUGUUUAUGUGAUAAUAAAGGCCUAUUCUUUAAGUCACAUUAAAUCUUGGAGGUCUGUUGAUUGUGUAGAGUAUGUUGAAGAAAUAAUUGGGUUCUGCAGCAUGAAAGGGUAAACAUUUUGUGGGAGUCCCCAUUUUUUCUGUGCCUCAGACAGAGGAUGGAAGAGAAUAGCUCUAAUUCUGGUUUUGAUGUAAUUUGCCUUGCUGCCCAAGAUCUUCUAAGGAAGACUUCAGGGCUUUAUGGGAUGAAUCACGUGGCUUGGAUUCCAUUUGUACUUGUGUGUUUGUAAGUAACCAUGAGGAGAGUGCAUUUGUGUCAACCUCUGCAUCAUCUGAGAUCAGCAUGAGAUUGGUCCCUCAUUCUCAUUCAGUGUUGCAUUGAGAGAAAUUGGCCUCUGGUAACUGCUAAGAAGUUAAGCUCAGAAUCCAGUAGGCAGGUGUCAUUGUUUAGAAGACCUCCAGGAGUCAGAUGGAAACUAUAAUGAUUCAGAAACACUGGUUUUGCCUAACAUGAAGUGGGGGAGAUUGCAACAUCCUAGAAAGGAUGUUCCAUUUCUAAAGGUGCAUGCUCAGAUGCUUCCAUACUGUGGCUGCGUAGGAUGAAAGUGUAUAGAAAAUCUCAGCACUGGCUCGGCACCUGUAGCUCAGUGGCUAGGGCGCCAGCCACAUACACCAGAGCUGGCGGGUUCGAACCUGGCCCAGCCUGCCAAAUAAUGACAACAACAAAAUAGUUGGGCAUUGUGGCGGGCACCUAUAGUCCCAGCUACUUGGGAGGCUGAGGGAAGAGAAUGGCUUAAGCCCAAGAG